CCCUUUUCCCUUGUUUUGUGUCGUUUUUCCCGCCAAAAUCUGCUGCAAUGUCUGCGCCAUCCAAUCCAGCGACCGGACCGUACAUUGACCCUCGCGUGACUGUGCUGCCCCGCACUGUGCAGCUUACCGCGCUACACACCAUCAUGCGCGACAAGGAGACCAGCCGCAACGAUUUCAUCUUUUACUCCAAUCGACUCAUCCGCCUGCUGAUCGAGGCUGGUUUGUGUUUGCUUCCAUUCGAGGACAAGGCAGUCACCACUCCAACAGGCACUCAUUUCGCUGGCAAAGAGUUUUCGGCCAAGCUCGCUGGCGUCUCCAUCAUGCGUGCCGGCGAAUCGAUGGAAGGCCCCUUGCGAGACGUAUGCAAGAUGGUUCGCAUUGGCAAGAUUCUGAUUCAGCGCGAUGAGUCGUCUCCCUCCAAAGAAGCCAAGCUCUUUUACUGCAAGCUUCCAGUCGACAUUCACGAACGCCAUGUUAUUCUGCUCGACCCUAUGAUUGCGACUGGUGGCAGCGCUAUCAAGGCUAUUGAAGUUUUGCGCCAGCACGGCGUCAAAGAGGAGAACAUUAUCUUCCUCAACAUUAUCUCGUGUCCCGAGGGCAUUUCGAACGUGCUGACUGCCUGCCCGCUGGUCAAGAUUGUCACUACCUGGGUCGACGAUUCGCUCAACAACCACAAGUACAUUCUGCCCGGUCUCGGCGACUUUGGUGACCGGUACUUUGGCACAGAGGACGAUCAGCACGGCACCCGCGAGCGCACCUACUCGCUGUCGAGCGAAUCUGCCUUUGCCGAGUUGAUGCUCAAGGAAGAGCACUAAGAUGCGUUCGGUCCCAUUUCUACCCACACUAUUGAAUCCUCCUCCCUUUCCAAGGCGGCGUCCGUUCCUGUCCGAUUUUUCUGUUGCGAUUUCUGAUCCGUUUUUUGUUCCUGUUGGUUUUUUUCCCCUCUGUGUUUGUUUUGCUGAACCCGAGGGUGCUUCAUCCAUCCA